AGCAAGAAGGAGCUGAAGGAGCUGCUGCAGAGUGAACUGGGAUGUUUCCUGGAGAGCCAGAAGGAUGCGGGGGCCGUGGAGAAGAUCAUGCAGGACCUGGAUGAGAACGGCGACGGGGAGGUGGAUUUCCAGGAGUACGUGGUGCUGGUGGCUGCUCUCACC